GUGAUUCCACAUCCAUACACUUAUGGAGAUCAUCUCUGUCUGUUCAAGCGCAGUUUAUCCGAGCUGUCUCCAAAUCUGACUCGUCCAGAGUGUCUCAGUGAUACUGCGACGUUUGCGAUAAGAACAACUUGGAAAUCAAGGCAUGAGUGCCCUUUGGAUUAUAAUCGUUUGUGGUAUUUUGGCCAUCUUCGGACAGGUGAUAAGCACCGGAAACGAUGAUUUCGUAGAUGCUUGCUUUGGUAAGGAAGGAGAUAAGCCACCUCAUUGUGAAUACAUUGAUUUUGAUGAUGUAUUCGAAAGCUCCGACAUCAAGUUCAAUUGGAGUUUUAUAACAAAGCUAACGAUCAGUAACAAGCGGAUCAUAGGAAUUCCAACGCGUAUGUUCGAAUCCUUGCCGAAUUUGGAGAGCUUCGUGGUGGUGAAUAGUUUGUUUUAUCGGGAGAUCGACUCAAACAGUUUUAUCGAUUGUCACAAACUGGAGCAUAUUGAGAUCACUGGGACCAACAUUACCUUCCUGGAUAGUCAUUUGUUCCCGAAGACUCCAAAUUUGAAACAAUUUCUUUGUCAUCAUAACAGGAUAGUUGAGAUUAAGCAUGAUGCGUUUGAGUUUCUUGUGGAUUUGGAGGAGCUCAAUUUGUCCUACAACAAUUUGACGCGAUUGCCUAGUGGGGUAUUUCAUCGACUGAAAAACCUGAAAACAUUGGAUUUGAAUCACAACCACCUGAUUUUGCUGAGUUUCGACAGCUGGUUUCCACCGGACGGAGUUCAUUCGUUGGCGUUUUUAGAUGCGUCAUACAAUCAGCUUAUAGAACUCGCUUGGAGCGAAAUCUCCGUAAAGAAAGUCAACUUAAAGUACAACAACUUAACGAGCCUGCAUAUCAACGGCAAUUGUACCGAACUUCACGCUUCUUUCAACGCGAUUGAAUCCGUUACGAUCGGUGGCAAUUGUUCAAUUGAAAAAUUAUAUCUUGCGCACAACUACAUUCACGGCUUCGGCGAUCUUCGGAAGUGCUCGGAGACUCUACGCACGCUAGACAUUUCCUUCAACAUACUGCAGCGACGUUUCGACUUUCUAGGAAUGAAACAGCUGACGGCGCUGAACGUCGAGUGCACCAACAUCACCAUAGAAUAUACCACCCUGCACGAUCUACGGAAGUUACGCUUCCUGGACAUAUCGUACAACAACAUCAAAAAGAUCGAUUUCGAGAAUCUUACUUCGCAGCGUUUGCUGGAGCGUUUGAUGAUUAGUGGCAAUCCGAUUGCAAACAUGUCAAUCGAAUCGAUCAAGCGAAACUUCCCGAAUUUGAAAACCCUCGGAAUCUACGACCUGCCGUGGAAUGAAUCAUCACUGUCGGUAGCGAUUGAGGAUUUGAAAAAGCAUGACAUAAAGCCGUACAUUAAAAACGACUAUCUGUUCGAGGAGUCCGUGUGCCCGCUGAAAAUAGUGCGUAAUUUCAGCGGAACCAGUGAAGAGCAGGACGAAUCGGCGGAAGGCGGCUUCGGCUCUGGCAGCGAUAAGACUGCCGAAUACGUGGUGAUCGUGUUUUUGGUGCUGAUCGUUUGCGGGCUGAUGGCCAAAGUGUUUGUCGAUAGCCCCUAUUAUCGGGAUCUGUUCAAGGAUCGAGGUCGCCGAUCGUCGAUUUCGCAUGAAAGUUUAGUGAGCUGUGAUUUGAAUGGUUGAAGAAAAUAAAGUGACGUCGGCUUCGGUCGAUAACUGAGUCAUUGUUCUGUUGAAUGCAAAUUAUACAUCUCUAGGUAAAGUGACAUUUGAAGUGUGCGAACUGCGGAAACUACCAAUUGCACUGAAAGCAGUUCCAACUUGUACGUAAUGGUGAUAAAUGUGGCGUAAAAAGAAAACAUGCGAUCGGCGGCCGACAGGCAAAAGAAGCGAAAAGUUUGUUCAUUGGACUGAUAACGAUGUUUAUGUUGUCACAAAUGCGGGAUCGCUCGCGGGGUAGUAGAUGAAAUACAGAAAUAAUAUGCUGCGUUUUUGUGGGUGUAGGCGCAAUAAAUGCUAGCCUACGUCGAUGGGCCUGAAGAUUUCGAAUGUAAUCCGAUCAUUGAUGAUGAAUUCGAUUUUUUUCUUUGAUUCAUCGCUUAUGAUGUAAAUAUGAACAAAAUAGAAGAAGGGAAAACGGACAUUAUGAGUAAUAAUAAUCAUUGUUGUAAUUGGAGCACAGAGGACAGACUUUCAUGUUUGAACAAAUAAGCAUUACAUGUAUAACCCACUUGUGUAAAAAUUUGAUCGAAUAUUCGUUAAAUAACUAGCGCUGCCAUACCAGUACAUGCAAACCUCAUGUAUUAUGGCGGCCAGUUUAAAAUCUCUAUCAGUUAUCAAUUUAGUACUUGGUGGCAAGUAUACCACUUACCCUUGAAUAGACCAUCAAUUUUUACACAAUUUAAACGCUCUCGAGAUGGUCGUCUGUUUUCUGUGAUUAUAGUGGCUUUCAUAGGACCUUAAACGUUAUCCAAAUGUUAUAACUUUUAAAGAAUCCUGAAUAAAUCUCAUUUAUUACUA